AUGCAGAACCAGCAGCAGGGCCAGUACCCUCCUCAGGGCCACGGAGACUACAAUGCUGCCUACCAGCCUCGGUCCAACACGCCCGGCACCAACGAUCCCAAUGUCGGUCUCGCUCACCAAUUCUCCCAUCAGAAUCUAGGCGGCGCUGCCCGGGCAUCACCAUAUGGCUCUCGCGGUCCCUCGCCUGCUCAGCGACCUCGCACUGCCGGGGCCCCAGGGCAGGCGCCGUCUGGUUAUGGACACUAUGCGACGCCCCCGAUGCCCACCCAGUCGGCAGCGCCUGUCGAGGCCUUCGCCCCGGCUCCUGAGCGCCUCUACGAGAAGUACGGCCCGAACGCCAACAACAACCAGAAGAAAUGCACCCAAUUGGCCUCCGACUUCUUCAAGGACAGCGUGAAGCGCGCCAGAGAACGCAACCAGAGACAAAGCGAGAUGGAGGCCAAGCUCUCCGAGCCCGGCCAGAGCCAGCAAAGACGUGAGCAGAUCUGGUCCACGGCUGGCCGCAAGGAGGGUCAGUACCUGCGAUUCCUGCGGACCAAGGACAAGCCCGAAAACUACAAUACCAUCAAGAUCAUUGGCAAGGGCGCUUUCGGUGAGGUCAAGUUAGUGCAGAAGAAGAAUGACGGCAAGGUCUACGCCAUGAAGUCCCUAAUCAAGACGGAGAUGUUCAAGAAGGACCAGCUCGCCCACGUCCGUUCCGAGAGAGAUAUUCUGGCCGAGUCUGACAGUCCCUGGGUGGUCAAGCUCUACACCACUUUCCAGGACUCGUACUUCCUGUACAUGCUGAUGGAGUUCUUGCCUGGAGGUGACUUGAUGACGAUGCUGAUCAAGUACGAAAUCUUUUCCGAGGACAUUACGCGGUUUUACAUUGCCGAAAUCGUUCUUGCGAUCGAGGCCGUUCACAAGCUGGGCUUCAUCCAUCGUGACAUCAAACCCGACAACAUUCUCUUGGAUCGCGGAGGUCACGUCAAGCUGACCGAUUUCGGUCUGUCCACCGGUUUCAACCGCCUUCACGACAACAAUUACUACCAACAACUGCUGCAAGGUCGAUCCAACAGACCGCGUGACCGUAACUCUGUCGCCAUUGACCAGAUCAACCUUACCGUCAGCAACCGAUCCCAGAUCAACGACUGGCGUCGGUCGAGGAGAUUGAUGGCGUAUUCCACCGUCGGAACGCCCGACUACAUUGCCCCUGAGAUCUUCACGGGACAUGGCUACACUUUCGACUGCGAUUGGUGGUCACUGGGUACCAUCAUGUUCGAGUGCUUGGUCGGAUGGCCUCCUUUCUGCGCCGAAGACAGCCACGACACGUACCGCAAGAUUGUCAACUGGAGACAGACGCUGUACUUCCCUGAUGACAUCCAGCUCGGUGUGGAGGCUGAAAAUCUGAUCAGAAGCUUGAUCUGCAACACGGAGAACCGUCUGGGUCGCGGAGGCGCGCACGAGAUCAAGCAGCACUCGUUCUUCAGGGGCGUCGAGUUUGACAGCCUGCGUCGCAUCAGAGCACCCUUCGAGCCUCGCCUGACUUCCGCCAUUGAUACCACCUACUUCCCGACCGACGAGAUUGACCAGACCGAUAACGCGACCAUUCUCAAGGCGCAAGCCGUCCAGCAAGCCCGCCAGGGUGUACCUGCGGUGGUCGAGGAGUCUCCCGAGAUGAGCUUGCCCUUUAUCGGCUACACCUUCAAGCGUUUCGACAACAACUUCCGAUAA